AUGGAGAAGAAAACAACUUUUUCGAAUUGUCUGCAAAUAAUUCCAAAAACCAGCUUUUUAAGACCCGAGGAGCUCAUCACACAUCGUCAUGUUGAGUUUGAGGCUCACAGUGGAGGCCUAAAACGCACACAAAACGAAGUCAGUGCGGCAGAACUCGAGGAGCUUCAGCGGGCACAAGAUAGCCUGCGAGCUCAGCUGUCUGUGCCCCGCAUAGAGAGACUUGGAGGAAGAGCCCUGGCCAGGUGGCAGGAAAAGCAACAAGUGGCAGAGGUCAUACGCAAAGAUGGUAAAUUCGAAAACUUUGGUUAUAGCAACCAGGGGAAACUCUACCUGGAAUACUAUGAAGCUCUAUUUCUCCUAGAAGUGGGACGCCUUCAACUGGAAUAUUAUGAAACUAUUGUUUCUGUUGAGCAAGCCUAUGUAUUGCUCCUGGGAGAAUUGGAAAGCGAAAAAUACGAGCAUUAUUUGGUUUAUUCAGCUUUAUCCCGCGCCGGCUACAUAGUUGUAAAGCAUCAACCUCAGCGGUUAGCUCAGCCAGCAGUUACCAGUGAAGAUUGCAUUUGGGCUUUGCUAAAGGCAAAAGUUCAAAGUCAACCAGUACCGGAACACAUUAAGGAUUCCCCCUUUUACACACUCGUAGAGAAGAGAAUGGAAGAUGUGAAAGAUAUCAUUGUAUCUCAGAAGAUAGAGGCUUCUCCAGUCAGAGAAGAAGCCAUAGACUUUCAUUUCGACACCCAAAAGCGAAAGGCUCCUGCCGAGCCUAGCAAAGAGCCAGCCACAAAGAGAGCAAAGUUCUGCCCAACUGGCCAAAGUCUGGUGGAUCAACUAAAGAACGAAACGUCUUAUGCAAAGUUUGAAAAGUUAUUUCAAAAGUUUGAUAUUGUGCAGCUGGAAGGAAAAGAUUAUACAACCGAUGAAAGCAUCGAUUGUCCUCUAAAAAUAACCUUUGAUCUGCAUCUGCACAACGAGGGCUUUAAGAAGAGCUCGCCUAAGGCGCCUGCCUUUAAUGUCAUCAUCCUGCCGCCUCGCUUUGACUUUCCCCAUCACAAACAGAUCUCAAACAUCCUAAAGUUUCACACCGCCCCGCUGCUGGUUGUAUCGGUUAGCGAGUCCAAACAGAUACAGGCUUUUUUGUAUCAUAUAAGUUGAUGAUGCCAUUAAAAUGUACGAGUAUGCUUAA